AUGGCGCCGUCAUAUGCCGGUUUGUCGGGCAGGCCCCUGUCCCUGACGGUGUCGACUGUCGCUACGAUGGGUUUCCUACUGUUCGGUUAUGACCAGGGUGUCAUGUCUGGUAUUAUCAGUGACAAGGCGUUUAACAAUGUGUUCACUGCUACCAAAGAUGAUUCGACGAUGCAGGCCCUGGUGACCGCCGUCUAUGAACUUGGCUGUUUGGCAGGUGCCAUCUUCGCUUUGAUCUUCGGUGACCGGACCGGUCGUCGGUGGAUGAUUUUCUCGGGUGCGAUUGUCAUGAUCGUUGGAGUUAUUAUCCAGGUCACCUCGUUUGUCGGACACAUCCCCCUGCUGCAGUUCUUCAUCGGUCGUGUCAUCACCGGCAUUGGCAAUGGAAUGAACACGUCCACGAUCCCCACCUACCAGGCCGAAUGUUCUAAGACAAGUAACCGUGGUCUGUUGAUCUGUAUUGAGGGUGGUGUGAUCGCCAUUGGUACGGCGAUUGCCUACUGGAUCGACUUUGGUGCCCACUAUGGUCCUCCCGACCUGGUGUGGCGGUUCCCGAUCGCCUUCCAGAUCUUCUUCGGUAUCAUCAUCAUUGUGGGCAUGUUCUUCCUGCCGGACUCGCCCCGUUACCUGAUCGCCAAGGACAAGGUCCAGGAGGGCGAGUAUGUGCUCGCCGCUCUUGGUGGCUGGGAGGUCCACGAUCGCGAGACUCAGAUCCAGAAGAACCUGGUUAUCGACUCUAUUCGAGCUUCCGGUGCGAGCAGCAAGACGAGCUUCAGGGAUCUCCUGACGGGUGGUCGCUCUCAGCAUCUGCGUCGUAUGUUGGUCGGCUCCUCCUCCCAGGUCUUCCAGCAGCUGUCUGGUUGCAACGCGGUCAUCUAUUACCUGCCUGUCCUGCUGAAGGAGUCUCUGCACCAGUCCAACGACAUGGCUCUGUUGAUCGGUGGUGUGAACAUGAUCGUGUAUGCCAUUUUCGCCACGUUCUCCUGGUUCUUUAUCGAAAAAAUUGGCCGUCGCAAGCUCUUCCUGGGUGGCUCGUUCAUCCAGACUGCCGCUAUGGUCAUUACUUUUGGUUGUCUGAUCCCUGGCGAUGAGGAGGUGUCCAAGGGCGCCGUGUUCGGACUGUUCUUGUACAUGGCGGCUUUCGGUGCUGCAUGGCUCCCUCUCCCCUGGCUGUAUCCCGCCGAGCUGUCGCCUAUUAAGACCCGUGCUAAGGCCAAUGCGGUGUCGACCUGCAGCAACUGGCUGUUCAACUUCACUGUCGUCAUGAUCACGCCGGUCAUGGUCGCCCACAUCGGCUGGGGGACGUACCUCUUCUUCGCCGCGCUGAACGCUCUCUUCAUCCCGGUCAUCUGGUUCUUCUACCCGGAGACGGCCAACCGCAGCCUGGAAGAGAUCGACCUUAUCUUCGCCAAGGGAUACACCGAGGGAAUCAGCUACGUCAGGGCCUCCAAGGAGCUGCCCAAGCUCAGUGACGAGGAGAUUGAGCAGAGGGCGGCCGAGUACGGGUUUGGCGGGUCGACGGAGGAGGACCCGGAGAAGGCGAAUGCCGAGUAUACGCCUUCGGAGUAA